UCCCUCUAUCGAUCCGCUCCUUCACUCAGGUCCCGAGGAAGUCGUGAUCUUUAAUGGAUGCCCCCCUCUGGAGGUCGUUUGAGUCCUCGCAAUCACAAGUUCGUCAUCAAGGGAGAAGCUUGCAGCAUGGCCACCCCCCGCCUCCAGACUCUCUCCCGUCCCGUGGGGGGGUGUAGCUGCUGAGGGAGGGGUCUCGAGGCUGGGACACGCUCUGCCUGUGCCUGUAAAAACCAUCCAAACCAUGUAGUGGGCCUUUCUCCAAGGAGGGGGGAGGGUCUACAUUUCAGCCUGCUUUCUUUUUUUUAGUGUUGCUUUGUGUCACCUGUGGAGGAGGUGAAGAGUGUGUGUGUGUUUGUGUGUGUGUGUGUGGAUCCAGAGAGAGCGAUGGUCCUGCACAUCACUCCUUACUCCAGUGCCUGCCUGCACUUCCUGGACGGCUUGUCGUGGAGCCUGGUGUUCCCCUGCUACUGGCUCCUGGACCGGCUGCUGGCGUCCUGCGUGGCCACCUCGCUGGAGAAGCGCCAGCGCUCCCAGGACCCCUGCUCCUUCCUCACGCUGUGCGUCCUGAUCUCAGCGCCGCUCUACCUGCUCCUCGUCCUCGCCUCCCUGCCCUUCGCCCUGCUGGGCUUCAUCCUCUGGGCUCCCCUGCAGGCGGUCCGCCAGCCCUACCUGUACACCUUCCACAGAGCUGACAAACACCAGGCGGAGCAGGGCCAAGGGGGCGCUGGGAUCGGGGAAUGGAGACCCCAGGGCAGGAGCUUCUGUUUCUGCAGUGCCAACGUUUGCCUGCUGCCCGACUCGCUGGCCCGAUUCAACAACCUGUCAGACACACACAGGAGGGCACGCGAGGUGGGCAAGAGGAUCCGCAACGGCGCCAGUAGACCCCAGAUCAAAAUCUAUAUCGACUCGCCCACCAACACGUCCAUCAGUGCAGCGUCCUUCAGCAGUCUUGCCACAGGUUUCCGUCGCACCUCCUCUCUGGAUCAACGUCCAGAUCAAACCCAUACCAACGGCCCAGCGGAUCCCGAAACCGAGCCCCUCACCGAGUGCCCGAUUCACCCGUCGGGUGGCACAGACUGCCCCGUUCACCCGUCUGCAGGAACCCAGGGGUCUCCCGAAUGCCCCGUUCACCAUGAUAAAGCAGAAGGCUCACCGGUAGACUGUCCCCUUCACAACAGCUCAGACUGCCCCGUGCACACCUCAGCGGAAGGUCCCGACUGUCCCGUGCACUCUCCGGCUUCUCCAGACUGCCCCAUGCAUGGGGAUGGGACGCACCCGAAACCCACCGCAGACUGCCCACUUCACACGUCCGGGGUUCAGAUCAGCAUCAGCGCUCCAGAGCCGGACCCGGAGGAGGAGGGCGACACCGGAAACCACCGGUCCGGGGAGCAGAUGGGCGCAGACACCGGCAGCAUGACCGCCUCCCGGGAGUCCCUCGCCCGCUACCACGGGAACGACGGUGGCGUGGGAAUAUCCUCCAACAACACCCUCUCACACGUCCCACGCACGUCCAUCUUCAAGCGCGCGGCUCGAAAACGCCGUCAUGGAGAUGAGACAUUCGACCACGAGAUCUCUGCCUUUUUCCCCGCCAACUUGGAUUUCCUGGCUCUGCAGGAGGUUUUCGACCACGGGGCGACCACCAGGCUGCGGGGGCAGCUGCACCGCUACUUCCCCUACGUCCUGAGCGACGUGGGUCGCUACGGCUGGAAGGGCUGCUGCUCCAGGUUCAAGUUUCUGAACAGCGGGCUGAUUCUGGCCAGUCGCUACCCCAUCCUGGAUGCACGUUACGAGUGUUACCCCAAUGGGAGAGGGGAGGACGCACUGGCAGCCAAGGGAGCUCUGUUUGCCAAGGUUCACGUGGGCACCUCGCAUCAGGAGCAGAGAGUGGUGGGAUACCUCACGUGUACGCACCUCCAUGCCAUCGAAGGCGAUUCGUCAGUCCGAUGUGAGCAGCUGGACUUAUUGCUCCAGUGGGGCGCCGAGUUUCGCCAGUCCUCAUCCCAACCGCCUGAAGGAGAGAAGGUGCUGGAAGACCUGGUGGCCUUCGACGUCAUCCUGGGAGACCUCAACUUUGACAACUGCUCUUCAGAGGACAAGCUGGAGCAGCAGCAUGCACUUUUUACUCAAUACAAGGACCCAUGUCGCCUGGGGCCAGGGGAGGACAAACCGUGGGCUCUGGGUACCCUCCUGGAUCCCAGUGGCCUUUACGAUGACGACGUCAGCUCACCUGAAAGUUUACAAAAAGUGAUGGAGAACGAGGAGGGCAGGAAGGAGUACCUGGUGUUUCCUCCCAGUAAGAGCCAGUGUCCCGCCAGCAGUCAGAAGGGCAGGAAGAUCCCCCUGAAGGGCAACGGGCGGCGGAUCGACUACAUCCUCUACAGUGACGAGGGCCUGCAGCAGGACUGGAAGCUGGAGUUGGAGGAGUUCAGCUUCGUCACCCAGCUGGCGGGGCUCACGGACCACCUCUCCGUGGCCAUGCGUCUGGCUGUUUCCACCGGAGAGGAGGAGCCUUAGACACCCCGCCUCCACUCUUCCUCUGCUUUUCUACAAGAAUCCAAUUACUGCCAUGGAGGGUC